AUGUCAGAAAAAGGUGAAGUUGAUUUAACCGGUGCCAAGCAGAACACGGGAGUGUGGCUCGUUAAGGUUUCCUUUACCCUGAACGAGGAGCUGACCGUGAUUGAAGGUAUCGAGGAUAAGACGGUGUCGGCGCCCCGCGAGCACCCCUUCACCAUGCAGACGGUGGGAGGUCAGAUGCUGGCGGUCUUCACAGAGAGCUCCUCUGGUGAGUUCCCCCGCUGCAGCCCCAGGCUCCUGCUGCAGCUCACCGCACGUUUUCUGUCCUGUGAAAUGUUGUCUAUCGCUUUGGUUCGGAGUCAGAAGAAAGAUCUGAUGGCAGCAGCUCAGGUUCAGGGGCGGGGGCAGGUCCAGGUGAGUCCUCCAUUUUGCCACAAAGUGACCGGACUGAGUGUCUCAUUCUUCUCAACAGAUGGCCUCUUAGAUAAACUAGCCCUGGAGGGCAUGGUGGUGCAGAGAGCAGAGUGCCGGCCUGCCGUCAGUGAGAGCUACAUGAAGCUGAAAAGGUUACAGAUCGAAGAGUCCUCCAAGCCAGUCCGGCUGUCACAGCAGCUGUCCAAACCCGUCACCAGCAAUUACAAACCGGUGGCCAUCCACGACUACAACCGCGAGUACGAGAAGAGGAAGAAGGAGGAGGGCAAGAGGGCCAGAGCCACCAAACAGCAGGUUUUGGAUAUGCUGUUUUCUGCCUUUGAGAAGCACCAGUACUACAACAUCAAAGACCUGGUGGAUAUCACCAAGCAGCCUGUGAUUUACUUGAAGGAAAUCUUGCGUGAUAUCGGCAUCUACAACGUGAAAGGAACACACAAGAACACCUGGGAGCUGAAGCCAGAGUACAGGCAUUACCAGAACGAGGAAAAGACGGACGAAUAG